AUGGGAUCUGGAAAUGGGUUCUACUCUGUGGGAGAGUUCAAUUUAGAUGCCAAGUGGUUGGUUGAUCCAAAGCUUCUCUUUGUUGGGCCCAAGAUUGGAGAAGGUGCUCAUGCCAAAGUGUACGAGGGAAAAUAUAAGAACCAGAAUGUUGCAAUUAAAAUUAUUCAUAAAGGGGACACCCCAGAGGAGAUUGUGAAGAGGGAAGGUCGGUUUGCAAGAGAGGUUGCAAUGCUAUCUAGAGUUCAACACAAGAACUUAGUGAAGUUCAUUGGAGCUUGUAGGGAACCUAUCAUGGUGAUUGUAACUGAACUUCUACUGGGUGGGACAUUGCGAAAAUAUUUGCUGAACAUGCGGCCAAGGUGCUUAGAUAUGCAUGUUGCAAUUGGGUUUGCAGUUGAUAUUGCUCGUGCAAUGGAAUGCUUACACUCUCAUGGGAUUAUACACCGUGACCUGAAGCCUGAUAACUUACUCUUGACAGCAGAUCACAAAACUGUUAAACUUGCGGAUUUUGGUUUGGCAAGAGAAGAGUCAUUAACAGAGAUGAUGACUGCUGAAACCGGAACUUAUCGUUGGAUGGCUCCCGAGCUUUACAGCACGGUUACUUUGAGGCAUGGAGAGAAGAAGCAUUAUAAUCACAAGGUGGAUGCCUAUAGCUUUGCAAUUGUUUUGUGGGAGCUCAUUCAUAAUAAGUUACCAUUUGAAGGCAUGUCAAAUCUACAGGCAGCCUAUGCUGCUGCUUUCAAAAAUGUGAGGCCUAGUGCCGAUGACCUCCCAGAAGAUCUGGCUUUAAUCGUGACUUCAUGUUGGAAAGAGGACCCAAAUGCUCGGCCCAACUUCAGCCAAAUUAUACAAAUGCUUCUAAACUAUCUCUCUGCGAUUUCACCACCAGAGCCUGCUGUCCCACCUCGGAUUUUCGCUUCUGAGAAUGCUGUGUUGCCACCGGAGUCUCCUGGUACGAGUUCCUUGAUGCCUGUUAGAGAUGACUCUGCGGAAACAACCCCAAUGGAAAACGAGCCACAAGGUUUCUUCUUCUGCUUCCGCCAGUGCUACUGAUCCCCAAAGGGCCACAAUUACUCCACGGAAUAGCAAAAUGAAGUUUGAGGAAGAAUAGCCUCAGCUGCCAUAGGAUGCCUUUUAUUUGAUGAUAUUUUUGCUGAAGUUGCAUACCAAUAAUUGAUAUUGACUUUGAUAUAUGUUCUGACUGAGAUACAAAAAUAAGAAACAAAAAAAAGAAGUUAUUUUGGAGUUGGGGUUGCUGUGAUGUAUUAUAGUUGUAAAAUUAGGUCCAUCCAAAGGCCUUUGACUCCAUUUUUAGUGUAAGAAUCUCCAUGACUAAUGACAUUCAGGUGCUAUUUCUCUUGUUA